AUGUCAUCCCGGAACCAGCCAGGAAUGCUUCAUAAAUUCAAGGAGACCCUCUUUUCUACUUUGUCUUCAGAAGAACUUCUGAAUUCCCUGGAUUCUUUCCACGCAAGAGAAGAUGAUGUAUUUCUGGUGUCCUAUCCAAAAUCUGGCACUCACUGGAUUGCAAAAGUCAUUGAGAAUAUUCCCAAUGCAGAAAUUACUCUAACAUCUCCAAUUGAAUUGGGAGACAUUUCUAAAUUUGAAGAGCUAAAAAUGUGUUGCAAGAGAAGAGUCAUUCCCACACAUUUGAGCUAUAACAUGCUACCAGUGGAUAUUAAACAAAAGCAAUGCAAGAUUAUCUACAUCGUUAGGAAUCCGAAAGACACAGCUGUUUCUCUAUUCCAUUACUACCGAGAUAACCCUAACCUCCCCGGCAUCGAAACCUGGGCUGCAUUCUUAGAGCUGUUCCUGAAAGGAAAUGUUGUGUAUGGAUCCUGGUUUGAUCACAUUUUAAGCUGGGAAGACCGCAAAAAUGAUAAAAACGUUCUAUUUAUCUUCUAUGAAGAUAUGAAGAGAGAUCUUUCUAAAAGCAUAAAGAAAAUAACGACUUUCCUCGGUAUCAAUGUGAGUGAAAGUGAAAUUAAUCACAUUGCUUGGAAAUCAUCAUUCAAGGAAAUGAAAAACAAUGCAGCCAAAGAAAACUGUGAUCCAAAUAAGACCAUCUGUGCCCUCACAUCGAAUAAGAACCUAGUAUUUAGGAAAGGAGCUGUGGGUGAUUGGAUAAACUACUUUACUUCAAAGCAGAAGAGAAUAUUUGAUGAACUAUUCACAGAGAAAAUGAAACACAGCGAACUAGCAAGACACUUUGAAGAUUACUCUUAA